CGCAUGGCCCGUGCGAUUGGCCUCGCCAAAGUCCAAGCCAGCACCCACAACGGCGACAAGAGCGUUCCGUGGGGCUACACGCUUGCGAAAUACCUCGUCUUUGACAACGUUCGCGCGGCGCUCGGCCUUGAUGAGUGCAAGACGUGCUUCUCGGGCACCGCGCCGUUCAACCCCGAAGUGUCCUCCUUCUUUGCGUCGCUCGACAUUCCGAUCUAUGAGGCCAUGGGCCUCAGCGAGACGGCGGGCAUUUCGUUCGCCAACUACCCCGCGACGUGGAAGCAAAGCAGUCUUGGUCCGGCCAUCUGCUCAUUCGCGGCCGCCACGUCAUGA